ACAAAUACCCUCACUUUUAUUUUCGAUUGAAGAGAGAGAAAGUCCGGAAGGCGAAGGAACAGUGCGCUCGCCCACGAUAUCCUCCGUUCCUCGCGUAGCAGAUUCUCCGAUCUCCUCUUGCCCCGCCGCCAGGCGGCGCCGCUUUUGUAGAAGCGCACAAACCAACUGCCUUCAUUGAAUCCUUGGAACGAAGUUGUGCCUGUCUUAUAGAGUGUUAUAUUCGCCGCCGCCUCCUUCCCGAAGUGCCGUUGCAUACAUCUCGCACGCGGCUCUCUCGACUGGUACGCCUUGGUUUUCGGGGUCAUCAAAUCGGAUGCCAGGCAGAUUUUCGUCGUUCCUGGUAAUUUUUUCCGUUAUUGCAGCAUUCGGGUGCAACUAGGGCGUGCUUGGAGUAUGGGUGGUGCUUCCCAUGGUGCCAUGGAAUGCAGCAUGUAUGAGGGCCUAAAGUCUUCGUGGAUUUGGGAAGCUUCGCCAUAUGGGUGAUUUCUCUCAUCGAUGCAAUCUGAGUAUUGGAGCUCUAUGCUGGAUUUUGGUGCGCCGGUAUCUUUUGAAGUAUGGCACUCAGGAAGCACAAAGCUUCUGGUGAUCCAUCAUCUGCUGCCUUGGCACCUCUGAAUUUCGUAAGAAAGGUGACUGAAAAGGGGAAUUCUGUUGAGGCAGAUAUGAAAUCAUGUGUUGCUGUGGAAUCUGAUGUAGAUAUAGACCUAAGGGAAGUGUAUUUCUUAAUCAUGCAUUUUCUAUCAGCAAGUCCAUGCAAGAGGACUUAUGGGCAGUUUUGGAAUGAGCUUUUGGAGCAUCAACUUCUUCCACGAAGAUACCAUGCUUGGUAUUCUAGGAACGGUGUACGAAGCGGGGAUGAAGAUGAUGAUGGAAAGUCACUUCCGUUAAGUUACAUGAACUUGGUUGAGAGGUACCCCCAUGUUGAAAAAAAUCACUUGGUAAAACUUCUUAAGCAACUGAUUCUUAACUGCUCCCCUCAAGUACAUGGUGUUGCAUUAGGAAACACUCCAAAUGCAGCUGAUGUUCCAACUCUACUUGGAGCUGGCUCCUUCUCCCUUCUAUCAUCUGAUCGAGAUAAAGAUGAUAAAACAACUGGCCAAUUGCCUGGUUAUCUUCGUUGGCCACACAUGCAGGCUGAUCAGGUUCGUGGAUUGAGUUUGAGGGAGAUUGGUGGUGGUUUUACUAAACACCAUCGUGCUCCAUCUAUUCGUGCUGCAUGUUAUGCCAUUGCUAAGCCAUCCACUAUGGUACAAAAGAUGCAAUUUACAAUAAAGUUGAGGGGGCAUCAGAAUGCUGUCUAUUGUGCAACAUUUGACCGAUUGGGGCGCUAUGUAAUUACUGGCUCAGAUGAUCGCCUGGUAAAAAUUUGGUCCAUGGAAACAGCAUUCUGCCUUGCCAGCUGUAGAGGACACGAGGGUGACAUUACUGAUUUGGCUGUAAGUUCAAAUAACGCAUUGGUCGCAUCAGCUUCAAAUGAUUUCAUCAUCAGAGUUUGGCGCUUGCCUGAUGGUUUACCAAUUUCAGUCUUGAGAGGACACACUGGAGCUGUAACUGCUAUUGCCUUCAGUCCACGACCAAGCUCCUGCUAUCAGCUGUUAUCGUCCUCCGAUGAUGGAACAUGCCGGAUCUGGGAUGCUAGGUACUCCCAGCUCAGCCUGCGAAUUUAUAUUCCGAAGCCUCCAGAUACUACAGGUAGGGUGAAUGAUGCCUCAACAAAUGCCGUUCAGCAAAGUCAUCAAAUCUUGUGUUGCGCGUUCAAUGCUAGUGGAACUGUAUUUGUUACUGGUAGCUCAGACACAUAUGCAAGGGUGUGGAAUGCAUGCCGAAACAGUGUGGAGGACUCUGAUCAACCGAACCAUGAGAUGGAUGUGUUAUCAGGCCAUGAAAAUGAUGUGAAUUAUGUACAGUUCAGUGGCUGUGCUGUGCCUUCUAAAUUUUCCAGCACUGAUACUCUGAAGGAGGAUAACAUUCCAAAGUUCAGAAACUCCUGGUUUACUCAUGACAACAUAGUUACAUGUUCACGUGAUGGCAGUGCAAUAAUUUGGAUUCCACGAUCUAGGAGAUCUCAUGGGAAAGUUGGACGUUGGACACGUGCAUACCAUCUUAAAGUUCCUCCACCGCCCAUGCCUCCCCAACCUCCUCGUGGAGGUCCCCGCCAGAGGUUUCAACCUACUCCUCGUGGUGUUAACAUGAUAGUCUGGAGUUUAGAUAAUCGCUUCGUGCUUGCUGCUAUUAUGGAUUGUAGAAUAUGCGUUUGGAAUGCUUCUGAUGGAAGUCUUGUCCAUUCAUUAAUUGGUCAUACCGAAUCAACUUUUGUAUUAGAUGUUCAUCCAUUCAACCCUCGGAUAGCUAUGAGCGCAGGUUAUGAUGGCAAAACAAUAAUAUGGGAUAUUUGGGAGGGGACUCCGAUACGAAUAUAUGAAACUGGACAAUUUAAGCUUGUUGAUGGAAAGUUUUCCCCGGAUGGUACAUCACUUGUUCUGUCUGACGAAGUUGGUCAAAUAUUUAUAAUAGCCACCGGACAAGGAGAAUCUCGAAAAGAUGCACAAUAUGAUCAGUUUUUUCUUGGCGACUACCGACCGCUCAUCCAGGACACAAAUGGAAAUGUUUUGGAUCAGGAGACUCAGCUUAUACCAUAUAGAAGAAAUAUGCAGGAUCUCCUUUGUGAUUCAAGCAUGAUUCCUUACCCAGAACCUUAUCAGAAUAUGUACCAGCAACGCCGAUUAGGUGCUCUGGGUAUUGAGUGGCGUCCACCCUCAGUGAAAUUUGCAGUUGGCCCAACUUACAAUGCCCACACUGGUGACUACCAGAUACUUCCCAUAGUGGAUCUGGACAGGUUGAUUGAUCCUUUACCAGAAUUUGCUGAUUUCAUUGAUUGGGAACCUGAAAAUGAAUUGCAGAGUGAGGAUACUGAUUCUGAAUAUAAUGCUACUGAUGAAUAUUCGAGUGAAGGGGAACAUGCAAGUUUGAGUGGUAGUUCCACUGGAGAGGCUGAGUAUAGUGCUGCUGACAGUGAUGUUAAUCAUGUUAACAUGGAAGGCCUUAGAAGAUCAAAAAGGAAGAAGUUGACAUCCGAGGUCGAGAUUACCACUUCUUCUGGGAGGCGUGUGAAACGAAGAAAUUUGGAUGAGCAAGAUGGCGCUAUUGCAUCAAAGGUAACCAAAGUACGUCCAUCAAGAAAUGGAAGAAUAGCUGCUAGAAAAAAGAAAUCAAAAUUGAAAUCAUUACGACCUCAAAGACGUGCUGCGCGCAAUGCUCUCAGUCUGUUUUCUCAAAUAUCUGAUGAAGAAGAUGAAGAUGAAUUAGAGUGCAGCUCCUCAGAAAGUGAAUCAUUGCUUCCUGAUUCAAACAGUCAAAGCAAUGAAUCUGAAAGUUCAUUGAGGGGCAGACAGAUGCAACAUGGAAAAGCGUCUGAAACUUCUAAAGAGAAGCAUGAUGAUACUCUGAAACCUUCUAUGGUGACUGGCAAUCAGGUGGGUAAUGGGAGCAAGAGGAGGCUGGUAUUGAAGUUGAAGGCAUCUAAUUUUUCGGGUAUGGCUAGGUUGGAAUGCCGGGAACAGGGUACAGUAAUGGGGUCACCUGUCAAAGUUAAUUCUGAUUCUAGUAACUUAAACCAACCUCAUUCUGGAGCAGGUGAAACAGCAAAUUCCAAUGCUGGAAGAUCAGAAAGUUUCAUAUCCCAGUAUGGUAGUGGUUGUAGAAUCAGAGAUAAAGGGAAAAUGGAUAUGUCAGAACGGGUCAAGAAUUUAUUCGGUCACAAAACUACAAUGAAAUGGGGUGAAGUAAAGCAGCGCUCUAGUAAACGUAUGAGGCUGCACGACCCUUCAACUUCUGAAGUUCGUCCUAAGAUUAUUGACAGUGGUAGUAAUGGCAAUCUAAACUGGGAGAUUGACUGCGGAACAACCUCAAAUUUUGAAAAUCAAAAUAUUCCAGAAUGUUUAGAUAUGGUGGGCAAUGAAAUUAAGGAACAUUUUGAAAAUGGUGCCCCACAAGCAUUGGAUAGUGGAAGAGGUUAUUAUCUUCCUUCUUUGCAAAUUUUUAAGCAUUCUUCAAAUGCUUCCCAGCAAGAUCAGGUUACACUGCCAUUAACCUUGAGUAGAAAUAGAACAGAAACUCAGGAUGAUGUGCUCAAUGCGUAUGAAGAAAGGCCUAUGGCUAGUGAACAUAGGGCUGUUGACGACCCUUUAAAUAGUUCUGAAGUGGCUAGUGAUAAACAUACUUCUUCAUCAGACCAUAAUUAUGAUGCUUGUAAUUCUCAGGGACGGAAGAAAGUUGCUCAGUCUGUAUUUCCAAAGCUAAGGAUCAAAACAAAUGGAUUCAAUAAGGAAACAUACAAGCUGAAAUCUGUUAGCAGGGAAGAUUGGAGAACCUCUGACGGUGAUUUUAUUUCCAAUAGUGAAGUACCAAUUAAAAGAAAUCUCAUGUCAGUGGUGCCUGAAGAGGAGGGCACUACUGGAGAUAGUGCGGAACAUAGUGACUGGAACAAUGGAUCUGACAGCUUGGAAAUCUUGACAAAUAAAUCUUCGAGUAGGAAGUACAGUACUGUUUACAGAAGGUCAAGGUCAUUUAGGGGCAGGAAGAAUUCUAAUGGUGAAAUGAAUGCUGUGGAAGAAAGCACAUCAAAUUCCUACAACCAUCGUGGAAAUAGUGAUGCUUUGGCUGAAGGUGGCCAAGAAAGGAGAUCUACUGGCUUGAUGGCUAGUAGUGAUGAUUUUGGUUCUGUAAAUGCGUACAAAUUCAGGGGAAACUUUUCCUCAACUUUGCCAGAUGGAAGGAAAUCGACAUCAAAACCUACGGUUUGUAUAAGAUCUUUUAGAAGCAGACGAGAAAGUCAUAACACUGGCCUCAGACCUAUUGAAAAAAGAAGAUACCAGCAAGUGCCAAAGAAAUUUUCUUGGUUGAUGUUGUUGGAGCAUGAGGAAGCAUAUAGAUUUGUACCUCAAAAAGGAGACGAAGUUGCAUAUUUGAGACAGGGUCAUGAGGAAUACCUUGAAGAGCAUCGGUUACAGGAGGGGGGGCCUUGGAGACUUGUAGAAGGAACCCUAAAAGCUGUGGAGUUCUGUAAAGUCAAGGGCCUUGAUUAUGCAACUGUUUCUGGAUCUGGGGAAAGCUGCUGCAAGCUUACUCUCGAGUUUAUUGAUCCAAAUUCUGUUGGUUUUGGUAAAACAUUCAGAUUGACUUUGCCUGAACUCGAAACUUUUCCAGACUUUCUUGUCGAAACAACAAGAUAUAUCGCUGCCACCACUAGAAACUGGACACACCGUGACAAAUGUCAAGUAUGGUGGAAGAAUGAAGAUGGUGAUGGAGGAAGUUGGUGGGAAGGUAGAAUAUUGGCUGUUAAACCUAAAUCUACUGAAUUUCCUGAUAGCCCAUGGGAGAGAUAUGUAAUCCAGUACAAAAAUGAUUCUGGUCAACAUUUGCAUAGCCCAUGGGAACUCUACGAUACUGAUAGCCAGUGGGAUCAUCCACGAAUUGAUGAGCGGACCAGAAAUAAGUUGUUAUCCUCUCUUGAUAAGAUAGAACAAACAUCAAUUAGAAAUCAGGAUUACCAUGGCAUUCAAAAACUGAGUCAGGUGUCGCAGAAGUCCGAAUUCUUAAACAGGUUUCCUGUCCCAUUAUCCCUCGAGGUGAUAAGGAGAAGGCUAGAAAACAACUACUACCGCACUGUGGAGGCCGUGAAGCAUGAUGCCUCUGUAAUGGUUUCCAACGCUGAAGCUUACUUUGCGAGGAGUGUGGAGAUGUCCACUAAGAUAAGGCGUCUAGCAGAUUGGGUCCAACGCAUCUUUGCUUCUUUGUAGGGAAUGGAACAAUUUUGUAGAAGGUAACAAUUCAUAUAUGAGAGAGGCUUCGCACCACUUGAUUACUUGUAGAUAGAUAUCCUUCUCCUUCACUAACUUCAAAGUUUCUUCUCUUGUUUGGCAAUCUUUUACCCAUUGAUCCAAAAAAAAUUUUUUUUUGAGGGGAUUUAGGGUUUUCUUGUGGGGCUUCUUUUUAGAGGGCUCUGCUAGAAAAUAGAGUUCAGGUGCAGGAAGCAAGAGGUGCUGGUGGUGGGUUUCAAAGUUUUAACCCUCAGAAUUCUUUCAAUGUAUAGACACUCACUUCCAUCAAUUGAAUAAUUCAAAAGGGAAAAAAAAUAGAGUAGAGUAGUGGUCUGUCUAUUACAGAUUUAUGUACAUUCUUUUUUUGUAAUUGCUUAUUUUAUAUUGUUUUCCCUAUUGCAGUUUUGAUUUAACAAUGUAGAUUUUUUGUUUUUAGUGAUGAGAAUGUCAAGUGAUUGGAUGGUAA